GACGUGAUAUUUUGUUUUAUCAUUCUCUUCACCAUUCUCCCUCUUUUUUUCCCAUUAAUUUGAGGUUCAUGUUUAUUUCAAGCGCUUGUGCAGUGGAAUCCUACAUAAUAGACAACCCAAUUGGCUAAAAAUUCUGUAACUGCGUUCAAAAUCCAAGCUUGGUGAAUCUGAUUCUUUAAGAAUGACCGAGAAUUGGAAUCAAACGGCUCUUCUUGUAAUCGACAUGCAGAAAGAUUUUAUAGAAGAUGGAAGUCCUAUGCUAGUAAAAGGUGGGAAAGAUAUUGUCCCAAAUGUGAUUAAGGCUGUUGAAGUUGCGAGAAAACGUGGAAUUCUCAUUGUUUGGGUAGUACGCGAACAUGAUCCCUUGGGGAGAGACGUUGAACUCUUUCGCCGACAUCUAUAUACGACAGGAAAAGUUGGUCCGACCGCCAAAGGAAGUGAAGGGGCAGAAUUAGUUGACGGGCUCGUCAUUAGAGAAGGGGAUUUUAAACUUGUGAAAACGAGGUUUAGUGCAUUCUUUUCUACACAUCUUCAUUCAGUCCUUCAACGAGAAGGAAUCAAUAGUCUCGUGAUCACUGGUGUUCAAACUCCAAACUGUAUUCGGCAAACUGUUUUUGAUGCUGUCGCGUUAGACUAUCAACCUGUGACUGUUCUUUUUGACGCCACAGCAGCUGCCACGCCCGAUAUUCAUCUCGCCAAUGUGUAUGACAUGAAAAACAUUGGAGUUGCAACACCAACAUUACAAGAAUGGAGUGAAUCCAAAGCUUGAUCUGUAUGGGCCAUGCAUUAUGCAACUUCAACAUCUAUCAUAGGACUUGCUCAGCAUUGAUGAUUAUGCUGUUUUCACAAAACGAAUAUAAGUCUAAAUAGAAUGAGUAUGCUGCUUUAAAGUUUAGUGUAAGUGUUGAAAAUGAUAAUUUUGAGAUGAUCAAUAAUUUAUUGUUCACUAUCA